GACUGUUAUCUAUAAAGAACAUCACCUGGAACAGCUGAGGAAGAAGCUGCUGGAGGUGAGCGUGUGGGACUACGACAAGUGCUCCUCCAACGACUUUCUGGGAGAGGUGUUGAUGGACCUGUCCAACACAGCUAACAUGGAUAACGUCCCACGCUGGCUCCCUCUGAAGGAACAGAGUGAGGGAGAGCACCACCGGCGCUCCCUUUCAGCACAGGGGCGCCAGCACUCCCCCAAGCCCCCCUCGCAGCACACCUCCCCCAAAACCCCUGCCCACGGUAACCAGGACUCCCCCAAGCCCCCCUCGCAGCACGCCUCCCCCAAAACACCCGCCCAUGGGAACCAGGACCCGCCCAAGUCGUCGGUCAUCAAGAGCCGGAGCCACGGGAUCUUCCCUGAUCCAGCCAAGGACACGCAGGUGCCCACUAUUGAGAAAUCUCACAGUAGCCCCGGCACAUCGAAGCCUUCCCCGUCCGAGGGACACAGCCAACAUACGCCACGCGCGGCUCCACGUGCAGCGCCUCGCAAAAGUGCAAGGCAACACCAGCAGGAUGGCGCCGGCGGUGUCGCUGUAGCAACGGGUGAAGCUCCGGCUCCGCAGCAGCAGCACCGCCUCCAACCAACACGGCCCGGCAGGUCCGGCGACGCCCCGGUAACAGCUGCCUCAUUGGACAGCGGUCUGAGUGGCAGUGCUCACAGCCUAUUGGAGGACGAGGGUGGGACUAAUGCCGUGGACAGUGCCAUCUUCCAGGUCCCUCGGUUUGGGAAGAUUCCAAAUGGCACUGACGUGAUGAUGUCACCAAUGGGCCAUAUGGACUCUGAGGGUAAGACCCAGGUAAUGGGAGAGAUCAAGAUAGCUCUGAGGAAGGAGCUGAAGACAGAGGGAGACCAGCUGGUGUUGGAGAUUCUCCAGUGCAGAAACAUCACCUACAAGUUCAAGUCUCCAGACCACCUGCCAGACCUCUAUGUGAAGCUGUAUGUGGUGAACAUUGCGACCCAGAAGAGGAUCAUCAAGAAGAAGACCCGGGUAUGUCGUCACGACCGCGAGCCCUCCUUCAACGAGACCUUCAGAUUCUGCAUGAACCCCACCGGCCACUCUCUGCAGCUCUUCCUGGUGUCCAAUGGGGGGAAGUUCAUUAAGAAGACCCUGAUCGGAGAGGCCUACAUCUGGCUGGAUAAGGUGGACGUGCGGAAGCGAGUGGUCAGCUGGCACAAACUGCUGGCUAGCUCUGCUCAGAUCCACUCCUAAAGAACCUACUGUUAACCUUGUCUAUUCUAUAGGCUCUUAACUCACAGAGAGAAAGACGAGGAUGGCUAGGGCGUUCGAGUUUACUGUCUCCAUCACUGAUCCACUCUUUAUGGACCUACUGGACAUACUCACAGGUCCACCAUUGGGGUCGGGCGAGGACCGUUAGGGUGCAGGAGUUAGACAUCUCUUACGCAUCCUGUGGAUCUUGAGUUUUGGUGUUAAGGGUCAGGGGUCAGCGUUUGAAUUGCUUGAGCUGUGACUGGGGAUUGGCUAGUGGGGAGGAAGUAGGUAUGUGUUUACAGGAAAUUAACUUGUGUUUACAGGAAGUAGUGUAGCCAGGGCAGGGAGGAGGACAUUGAGGCAACAAAGCAAGAACAGAAUCAACCAGGUAUUACACACACUCACACACAGUGAAAAACACAUUCAAACACACCACAAAGAAAGAUGAUCGUAAGAGACUGACACAUAAAUACAGGGGGUGGACAUGUUUAGAUUCUCUCAUUGCUUUAUUUGACUGGAGAUGUUUUUAUUUAUGAAUGAAAUUUUAACUACCUGUGGAUUCCCCUCAUGGCUUUGUAUAUUGUUAGAAUAAUUUAAUUAAUUUAUGAAGCAUUUUGGGAAUUAAAUGUUGAAGAUUUAUUAUAUGGAGAUUGCACCUCUUAUUUUUGUAUUAUAAUUAUGAUUAUUAGAGUUUUAUUGAUUAUUCUCCUCAAUUGUUUAAGUACUGAAUGAUGAAUGAAGAAUUUUUUAUCCAGGGACGCACAGUAUAUUUUGUGACAUAUUCUCACUUUAAUUCUAAUUCUCGAUUUGAAAUGACUCCCUCAUCUGGCACAAGGUACAAAGACCUUGGCAAGCAUGUUUUUACAUUUUGGGACAACAAUAUUUCCCCUUCUCUUCUUUCUCUAGAUGUAAAUUUAGAUGCUGAUAUAUCAGAUAUAUUAUAUAAACAUUGUUCUAAGUAUAAUUGGUGUGGUUUAACAGACUGGGUAGUCUUGUGCACAGGGUCAUGUUUAUUAGGCACCAAAUGGAAGAGAACAGACUGAAACAAGGAGGGACUACCUGGUGUUGUCCCGGAAGAAAUACUCAUUUUAGUUUUCAGUUGCAAAAUGUUUUCUGCUGGGUGACCUAAUGAACGUGACAGUGAAAAGUUGCAUUGUUGCCUUUGAGGUUGACUUUGUAUAUAGUUGAGUACACUGUCGUUGUGAGAGAUAAAUAGAUAUAUUCUUAUCACAGACAAUCCGUUGUGGAUGAUUGUGGCUUAACGUUUUAUUUUUGGAAUGUGAAAUAUUGGCCACAGGUUUUAGCUGUGAUUCAAGCCUGGUUUUCCUCCAAGUAAGAUACACAGUGAACUGCUAUGCGUAAGACUAGCAUAGUUCUGACUUCUCCUUACAUUCACACAUUUGAAAUAUCUCUUCACAUGCACACUUUCAUGUUUUACUUAGCACUUUGUCAAGUUAUCGAAUGUAUAGAUGAAUAUACAGUAUGUCCCCACUCGUAGAGAAAUAUAAUAUAUAUAAGUAUGUCAAAUGAAUAUAUUAAAUAAAUAAGGAUUAUGAUAAUGA